CGGCAGACACGCAAUAAAUUUCUCGCAAUAAUAAUAAUAAUAUGUAUGUAGGGGGUCAGAGCUCUCUCUCGUCUCCCUCAUCUUACUCCAAACACCCCAAGAACCUGCCUUAUCCGGCUGCCCACCCGCCAGCGAGCACUCCCCCACCUCCCCAGCGCGCUCUCCAUACUUUACAGUCUAGGUGAAGUAGCCCAGAGGGUAGAGAGAGAAGAGAGGAUGGCGCAGGUGUACGAGGUACCCGACGACGACGUCGAGCUCGUCGACCACCCGCCCGCGUCGUCGUCCGACGAGAAGAACGACGACAGCGGAAAGGACCAAUCAUCCCAGGGUUCAGCUUCUCCAACGCACCCUUCCUCUCCUCUCAGUACUCACUCAAAUGCUAAUAAUUCUAUUAAAAACGAUGUGAUGCAUGUGGAUGGGGGUGAAGUGACUGCGACGACGGGGGAUGAGCCGUCGCGCAGCAGGGGAAGAGGGGCCGGGGAGGACGUGAAAAUGGAGGAGACGGGCAGUGAAACGGGACUAGAGGACGAGAAGAAUGAAUUGAUGACCCGGUUGCCUAUUUUGGACAACUCCGCUGCUCUUCUUCCUCCUCCUCCUCCUCCCGACUCAAAUGCAAAUGGUGUCUCUUCCUCGUCGUCAGCUGCUGGUGACGUUAAGCGACGACCGUCGUCAUCGCCAUCCCUCAAUGGCGACGCUGCUCCCGCCGCCGCUGUCCCUGGCGCUGCAGCUGCCGACGAAAAGUCGAAAAAGCCAGCUUCGACGGCCGUAAAAGCCAAGUCGGCCAAACGACGUUCACCCUCGCAUGAACCCCCUCCACCACCACCCCGGCGCGCAGAAACAAUCCGACUCGAGAUCUCGCUAGGCGGUCCAGAGAACUACGCCGUCGAUAUCCUACAGCUAUCAAAGGACACAGGCCAGCGUCCGCCAACCCCACCUCCACCGUCCAAGCAAGACACAAGUGAAAGCGAAGGCGAAGGAGGCGACGACGAAUCCCGCAGAGAUGUCGGUAUCGGUAAGGGUAAAGGGCGAGGGAAAGCAGGCCGCAAGAGCGCUGCUGCAGAGUACUACGACCUUAACGACCCGUUCAUCGACGAUUCCGAGCUCGCACUCGACGAACGCACGUACUUCGCUCAGACGAAACAAACAGGGUUCUACGUCUCCUCUGGUGAAGUCGCACUUCUGAAGGACAAAUCGCGCGACAAGGAAUCUCGUGAACGAGGUACCUCUCCAGCAAGGAAGCCGAGGAGCAAGAGAAAUAUCGUUCCAACAAUCAUACCGCUCGCCGGUACUCAAGCUGUCAACGCUGCUGUCACGUCGAGCACAGGUCUCUCAACAGUUUCUGCACCCCCGCCUUCCAAAUCUGCGACUACGUCCCCGAUAGAACCAUCCACCGCGCAUUUGUCUGUUCCAGGCGGACAGGGCACGCGCGAGACUCCGAUCACACUCUCCGACACAGAAGACAACAAACCCUCAAUCUCAACCGUCCAUCCCCUAGACACCUCCAUCUCCAUCUCAGCUAACGGGAUAGCCUCACCAACCGACGGCGACGGCGGAAUAGGUGGAGGUCCCAGCGCAGCACUCAAACGCAAAGCAAGCGAAACCACCCCGUCCGGUAAAAAGAAACGCAAGACAAUCGACAUCGACUCCUUCCACCCCGACCUCCAAACCUCUCUCUACGAACUCAAAGACGCCAUCACACGCGAAUCCUUCGACCAAAAGGGUAAAUUUCCUCCCUCCCUCAAACCUGUCCUCGCGCGCGUAGCGCUUAAAGCUAUCCAUGUGGGGGAGUAUAAUGAUAUGUUCUUCGCGCUCAUGCCGAAGUUGUUUAUUUAUAAUAAGUAUACGAUGACGAAGUUGAUUAAGCGGACGGUUUAUCCUGAGCAUAAGAAGUUGUUGGAGGCGAGGCAGGAUGAGCUUGUUGAGGAGUUGGGAAAGUUGGCGCAGGAGGGUUUCGAGAAAGCGAAGGAGGAGUAUGAGAAGAGUGUUUCUGCGUGGGAACGAAGACAAGAACGAACCAAAGCAGGCGGAACCUCCCUAGAAGGAACACCCGUACCCGGUGCUGGUACCUCCACACCAAGCAUGAACGGCGGGACGCUUCCUCCUCCAGGUACCGACACCGGUGCAGAUAGCGGGAUGGAGGUCGACGGUGCACCACCUCCUACCCAAGGAGGAGAGAAGGAACAAGAUGGGGAGAAGGAACAAGGAGAGAAAGAGAGAGUACAUUCAAGUCAGCAUAUGCCGAUUCAGCGGUUCCGGCUUACGGAGCGGAUGAGGAAUAUUAUUUGGGAGUUGGUGUGGCUGAGUAACGAGGGUGUGAGGAUUGAGAAUGAGAAGAAUACCCUGGAGAACUCGACGGUCCAAGUGAGCGAACAAGGAGCGCGUAAGGUGUUAUACCAGAAGAUCGUCAGUGCGUUUCCGGAUGGGUGGAUGUCGUCGGGGCAGAUUUCACGAGAAGUGAGCGUGAUGAAGAAACGAUACGAGGCACAGCAGGCGGAGGGUAUCUCAUGAGACCUACCUCGCUCACCCAAUCACUUCCGGGCUGGCUCGAUGACUUUGAACUUUGAUUCUGUAAGUUUCUAAUGUGUUCUUGGGACUUAUACCUGUUGUACUUCUGUAGUGCCUCGCUUCUGUGCGCUGCGACUUUUCUCGUCGGUCGUAGCCUUUCUUCGCCCCUUACCAAGUCUUCUCCGCCUCGACUCGCCCUGCCCUUCGUACAUUCUCGUUCCCGUUGUACCACUCAGCUCAAUACUGUCACGUGCCCGGUUAUACUUAAUUAUUCGUUAUUUUUUGUCCUUUCUAUACUUCUCGUAAUGUAACUGACUCUGACUUUUUCGGUUUCGUUUUUGUUAUUAUUAAUGUUUUUUUUGUUAAUUUUAUUCGUUUCCCUUUUUCUUGCCUUUUUUGUCCCUUCUUUUUUUGUUUGCCUGUUUAUGGAGAGGGUGUAUUGCAGGAGAGGGGUUCAUAAACGUCUGUCUUUUGAUGCAUCUGGUCCAACAUGUAUGGUGUGUUGGCUGGGACGUACAGAUUCUUUGCUUUCUGUGAGAGAUGGUUUUUUGUUCGUUUGACUUUUCUUUUAGAGAGAGUGUAUGUUACGUAUUAAUGUACUGUACAGUUAUUAACGGUAUGUCUCUGCUU